AUGUCAACACCUUAUACAUUAGAAUCUGCCAAUGAAGAAAGAAGGCGCGUCUACCACGAAGCAGAUGUAGUAGUAGUUGGAGCCGGUGUAUUUGGAUGCGCCAUAGCAUAUGCCCUCGCUCAACAAGGACGCAGUAUUCUCCUCCUCGAACGAUGGCUCAAAGAACCCGAUCGUAUAGUCGGAGAAUUACUUCAACCCGGUGGCGUAUCCGCACUUGAGAAAUUAGGACUUUCACACUGCUUAGAAGAUAUCGACUCGGUGGUUGUCAAGGGAUACGAAGUUAUAUAUCAUGGAACACCGGUUUCAAUUCCAUAUCCCAUGGAUGCGGGUGCGGCUGCAGAAGGGGGAUUCAAAGAUUCGGAUAAUGAAAAGAGUCAAAGACCAGAGGGAAGAAGUUUUCAUCAUGGGAGAUUUAUAUCACAAUUGCGCAAAGCAUGUGCCAGUCAACCCAACAUUACAAUUGUCGAAACAGAAGUCACAGAUACCAUAAGCGGCGGACGAACCGAUGCGCAAGUCCUCGGCGUGCACUCACGAACUACCAAUUCAUCAACGGGCAAAAAAGAAGCAGAUUGUUACUUUGGACAUCUCACUAUAAUAGCAGAUGGAUAUGCUUCCAAAUUCCGCAAACAAUACAGUAAUAAAGUCCCCAUAGUUAAAAGUAAAUUCUACGCCUUAGAAUUGAUCGACUGUCCCAUGCCAGCCCCCAACCACGGCAUCGUUGUCCUCUCCGACGUCUCCCCCGUUCUCCUCUACCAAAUCGGCACCCACGAAACCCGCGCUCUAAUCGACGUCCCAGACAAUAUCCCCUCCGCAUCCCCCGCUGCAGGUGGGGUGCGAAACUACAUACACAAUAUAGUGCUCCCUAUCCUACCCCCACAAGUCCGUCCCUGUUUUUUGAAAGCACUCGAAGAUGGCAAGAUUCCGCGCAGCAUGCCAAAUAGUUGGCUUCCCCCCUCAACCCAAACUCAAAAAGGUGUUCUCCUCCUCGGCGACGCAAUGAACAUGCGACAUCCACUCACCGGAGGCGGCAUGACCGUAGCAUUCAACGACGUAGUACUCCUGUCAUCCCUCCUCGCUCCUGAGAAACUCCCCAGUCUAAAUGACACAACCGCCAUAACCAAAGCCAUGAAGGAAUUCCACUGGCGUCGAAAAUCUCUCUCAUCUAUCAUAAAUAUCCUAGCUCAAGCCCUUUACGCCCUCUUCGCAGCCAAUGAUCCACAACUAAAAGCAUUACAAAAAGGCUGUUUUCACUAUUUCCGCAAAGGAGGAAAUUGUAUCGAUGGGCCCGCUGGAUUGUUAGCAGGUAUUAUUAGACAACCCCUGGUAUUGAUCUAUCACUUUUUUUCAGUAGCGGUAUUAGCAAUAUGGAUUAUGAUGGGAGAGAUUAUAGGGGGAUUGAGUGGAGUAUGGAAGGCUCCUUGGGCGGUAGAACAGAGUUUAGAGGUUUUUUGGAAGGCUUGUGUGGUGAUUUUUCCGUUUAUUUGGAGUGAGAUGAGGAGUUAG